AACAAAUCGACGUGACUUAACCUCCAAACGAGAUAAAUUAUAAGGAACGACAUUUCUCACGGCACCGGAAAUGCCAUUCGUGCAUUUGUCAGCACAUGAUACUAGCUUUGUACAUUUGAUAAGAGCUUUUAGAUGACAAUGGUUUUGCGAUGAGUGACGUCAGUGAAGCGAGUGAUAAAGAGAGCUUAGGCGAGAAGGACGAUGAUUUCAACAUUGCAGAUUUUCAAGAGGGUGCCGACAGCGACGAGUCGUUUAAUAACAUUAUAAAUUGCUCAAAUGCUACUAAACAUGGCGAAGAAGAAGAGGAGAACGAUUCGUCGUCAGAAUCACAAAAUCAAGAUAACAAUGAAUAUGUAGGGCCUGUCUUACCUGGCGGGCAUCGCUUUGAUAAAAAAUUAUUGUGCAUCAGAUAUCCAGCGAAUGUCAUUAAUCCUGAAAUGGCUAUCAAAACUAUGGGAAGCUUGGCUGAUAUUUCUACAACUGUAAAUACUAAAAAUAGAAGAUUAGAGUUACGUUUUAGGCCAGAUGAUGGAUAUUGUAAGCCCACAUGUGGGGAUAGACAUCAAACUUCUGGCUUUUUACUACGAAUAAGAGUUAAGAAGUCUAGAAAAGAGAAAGUAGAAAAAGAUGCUCGGUCAAAGAAUAUUUUUCAAGAAAAUAAUGCUAGUCAACCUAACAAUAGUACAAAUGGUACAAGUGAUGUUGGCUAUAAUAUAACUCACCAAUCGACUGACACAUUAACGAACACUUCCAUGGAUCCACUGCUAAUACCAGCAGAAAAUCAGGAUGAUAUUGUUUCUGAAAAAAAUCAGUCUCCUACAUUUGAUCGCAAUAAAUACGAAAAUCUAUCAGAAGAUACUGAGUACCAGUUGCCAAAGUUGAAAGUGUUAGGGAGAGUAGAUACUGAAUUUAGAUUCUCCAAUCUGUGUGAUUUCCAAUAUUUGCCUAUUACAAAGAACAAAAAUGAUCCAACAAAAGACGAGUGUAUAUACGACUCGAUUUAUCCUCAGGGUUUGCCACCAUACAGUUGGUUGAAAGAGGAAGUGCCUUAUUUCCUUCCACCAGCUGCGUUCAGUAGGAUGGACAACGUACAGCAGUACGUACCCAAAAGCGAAACAUCUAUCUCAGCGGCGCAAUACGUUAUCGGCAAAACCCGCAAGCGUCGAUCUGGCUUCUCGAACUACAUAAACUUCCACACGCCAUACGUGCCAACGAACCCACCUAAAGGCAUCGAAACCGCAAUGAAGGUGAAAUUCUUACAGUCGACUCACGUCGAAAAUAUGCGUAAAGCUUUCCAGGAGCGACCCAUCUGGUCGAAAAAUGCGCUCAUGUUUAUAACAAAGUAUUCGAGCGAGCAACUGAAGAUACUUUUACCAUCGGUGGCAUAUUACUUCAUGACUGGUCCGUGGCGUAUCACGUGGGUUCGACUUGGCUAUGACCCAAGAAAAGAUCCCGAGGCUAGAAAGUACCAGACGCUGGAUUACAGACUCAAGGCGAUGCACGGACUGCACAACAGUGUUACAUGCAAGAGGAACUAUGCAGAAUACUCACUGCCUUACAGAAACACCAAUAUAAAAAAAAAGACGGUCGUUUUAAUGUCUAAUACAGAAAAACUGCAGAGCGAAAGAAAACAGAAGGUCAUGGACGAUAAUGUGUACAUUUAUCGACCAGGCACUAUUCCUCCCUCUAGGCAAAUGUUUUAUCAAUAUUGCGAUCUCUACGUGCCAGAAAUUCAAGACAUGUUUGACAAGUACCUGGGACCUCCACCUGGUGCAGUAUGUCAUGAGAAGUUAGGUUGGCUCCCACCUACUUUUGAUGAAAUGUGCAGAGAAAUCAUCAACAAGCAAGUUCGAGCUGAGCUACGUAAACUUAUGAACAUACCAGAAAACCAUCCUACCAGUCUUCCUCGUAAACGGAAGUUUGAGAUCACCAGUAAGAAAAAAAAGAAGCGAAAUCGCGACAGAAAAAAGGAACAGAAAACCGAGUCUCAAUUCCGACCAGCAGAAUCCAUGUCAAUCCUCGAAGAUGAACAUCUUGCUAGCGAGGAUGAAUGGGAAGACGUUAUUGUUGAAGAAAACGCUGAUCCAAUCGAUGAUAACGAUGACGAGGAUGGCAACGUGCAACAAGAGGAGAACAACGAUGAUAUUGGUGACGGACAAGAGUGUAUACUUCCAUGAUAUUAUGUACUUUUAAAAAUUCCUUUGAUUUAUGCCAUAGCAUACAAUCUAACUUCAUUUCUCUUUUAAUUAACAUGUAUUUAAACGAAUAUUUAUAAAACUUUUUACAAAAAAAGAAGAAAAAGAAAAAUACAUUUGAUAUAAAAC